UAAAGCCCAACUCUUUGUAUAUUUUUGUCAUUGGUGUUUUCAGUGUACGUAAAUUAUAAAGCCCAACUCUCCCAGCUGUUAGUACAGGUGAUAUUGCACGCAUGCCUGAUAUGUUCUACUGCAGUGGUACAUUGCGGAUACRUCGGAUGGAAGGAAUAAAGAAAGCAUUCAGUACCCCUACUGGUGGUUAUUCCCCUCAGKAAACAAACGACACAGUGUUUUCAACAGUUGCUAACCGGUUAUCGCUAGCUACUUAUUCUGCUGGAAAGCUACUUGAGUUGGUCAGUCGACGCGUAUUUAUUCUGUGAGAAAGUUUUCCAGGUCGUUUGAUCCCGUUGAGUUCCUGUUGAUCUGUUGUUGCUAGCUCAAAAAGAAAUAACAGGAAACUUAAGGUCAGCGGUUACUGAAUACAGCCCAGAAGAGUGAAGGGACCAAUUUCUGUUUCAGACAUGUCGUCUGAUGCUACUUCAUUUUGAAUGCCACAUCAGAUAACUGAAGCUUACAAAUACAAAUAGACCGCUCUUUUUUCCGUCUCGAAGAUAUCUUCUCCUAGUUGAAAUCAUGGGUUGUGGUUCAUCUGCGCACUCAAAUCUUCACAAAGACCCUAUAUCCAUCCCGCUGUCAACUGCACAAAAAUACCUUGUACGAGAGACUUGGGAAACCAUCGAUGCUCAAAAAAAAUCCGUUGGGAAAAAGACGUUUCUAAGAUUCUUCGAUAUCAAUCCAGACUUCCAGAAACUGUUUCCUGAGUUUGUGAACCUUAAGCGAGAAGAGCUUGAAAAAGCCAAUGCUUUACAUGGACACGCUAAACGAGUCAUGAAGGCCGUGGAAAAUGCUGUUACAGCCAUGGAUGAUGCGGAGAGUUUUGCUGCAUACCUGGAGGGACUGGGGCAGAGACAUAUUGCACGUGCUCUUAAACCAUCUUAUCUUGAUGCAAUGCAAGUGGCUCUGAUGGACACUUUACAAGAUCUACUGCAGUCACAAUGGACUCAAGAAACCUCAGAGGCUUGGAAUAUUUUGUUUAGGUUUAUUGCAGAUACAAUGAAGAGAGGGCUACAGUCUAACAAAUAGUGUUGUGACUCUGAAGAGGGUGUACACUUUGAUAUAGUCUUCUGUAAAGGUAAUUUGACCAUUUCUCCAGCUAAGGUACCCAUGCAAACAUGCCUCACGUAGUCAAACAAAUGUUGUUGUUUUUUUUCACAGUUUCUAUCGGACAUUAACGUAAUGCUACCAUUUCGAUUCACACUCUACCACAUUUUUAAUUCAUGUAAUGAUACCUUUUCACAUUUUCAAUAUUUCACGAAAUUCGGUUUUUAUGGAAUAUCAGAAUGCCACUUAUAAGAAAACAUAUAUAUAGCAGGGCAACUUCCAGACCUAUGUGCAAUUACCAAUUGCAGCAACACGAGAGAUAAUAGAGAAAAGACAGAAUUUAUAUCAUGUUUUGAGAAUGAAUUCGUACCCAAUCAUUUCCGCUAAGCACUGUACUGAGGGUUAGCAUCGAAUAGUCUUGCCUAACGCGGAACAACAAAUUAAAAACAGUGUUGUUUGUGUUUUUUACAAUAACUUACAAAUUUCUCGCGCGCUGAUUGGUUAUUUUUUAUCAUCAAUAAGAGGACAGACAGAUAAAGCUGACAUCAACGAGCGCGCGCUCUUUCCGUUGGUUGUUUUGAUCGCUAAAAAUGAAAUGUUUUUAUCGUUUUUGUUAUUGUAGAAACAAAUUGACAUCAGUUUUUUAUGUGUCUAUCCUCUUAUUGAAUAUAAAUUCCGUCACCACAUUGUCAAAGUAGUAUGCGAAUCUACUUUGACAAUGUGCAUGAUGAAGCAAUUUAUCGCCUGCCCGAAUUUACAUUAAAAGGUAAUUUAUUGUACGUCAUAAUUUGUUAGAAGGGUCUCGCAAAUGUAAAUAUAAGCAUGUGUAUUAUUGUGUAUAUAAAUGGAACUGAUGUGCAUUCCUAUAGAACAGUGACUGUCAAAGGAUAGCAAAUGGACUAAAAUGAUUUCAUAUUACUGAUACAUGUAAUGUUAAUUAUAACAUAGCCAUUAUAUAACGCGCGCUCUGAUUGGUUAUUUAGCGUGCGCGAGCAUCCAAAAAUGGAUGGUGCACGCUGACGUGAUUGAGUAGCGCGCACUAUGUAUAAUGAAAAUUUCGUUAAAGAAUAAUAUUUGAAUUUUUUUGAUCAAAUAAUUCUUUUUUGUACGGUUUUGCUUUAUGUUGUAAAAGUAAUCGUCAAUGCUUAGUUGUGCGUAUAUCCAGUUCUGGAAGCACUUGGAAGGUUGCUUAAACGCUCAAGAAGCAAGAGUUGCACUCGGAUACGCCUCGUACGACACUUACGCUUCUUUAGUUCGUGGUUAGCAACCUCCAGCGUGCAUCCAGAACUGGAUAUACGCACAACUAAGCACCCUAAGCAUUGACCAUUCUUUAAAUAUUUGAGUAUCAUUGUAAAACAAAAAGG